AUGUGCCCACGGAAAGUAACCCUGCCGAUUGGACAUCACGCGGAGCGAAUCCAAAUGAGCUACAGGGCGCUAACAUCUGGUGGAACGGACUUGAAUUUUGCGAAGAAACCCCGAGUAUUGGCCAAAAAUGCCAAACGUAGAGCCCACCACAAAUACGGGGAAUUCCAUAUUUUUCGUAAAAACAUCAAAAAAUUUAUACAGUGCUUAAAAACAAAAGAGAAGCAAGCAGGGGGUAUAAGCGCUGAGGAGUACGAAAAUUCUCUAAUAGGACUAGCCAAAAUGUCUCAGCUUAAUGCCUUUGAAGAAGAAAUAGACUCACUUAGGGCCGGUGUCCCAAUUACAAAGGGAAGAUUAGCUUCCUUAACACCAUUCGUAGACGAAAAUAAGAUUCUGCGAGUGGGAGGUAGGUUAAGAAACUCAUUAUUCGAGAAGGAUAAAAAGCAUCCGAUUAUCUUAGACUCAGCUCAAAUAUUUACCAAGCGUCUUUUCGAGUGCAUGCAUAAACGAUUGUUACACGCGGGCCCUUCUCUAUUGCUGGCGUCAAUAUGGGAACAGUUCUGGCCACUAAGAGGGCGGAACUUAGCUAGAAAGGUAGUACGCGCUUGUACCACAUGCAGUAGAGUUAAUCCAAGACCAGUAAAAGCGCUGAUGGGUAAUCUACCGCGAGCACGGGUCUCCCAGGCUUUCCCAUUUUCCGCCACCGGAGUAGACUAUGCCGGGCCCUUUGCUGUAAAGGAUCGUAAAGGGAGAGGGUAUAAGACAAACAAAUGCUAUAUAUACGUGUUCGUAUAUCUUUCGACGAAAGCAUUGCACUUGGAACUUGUAUCUGACUUAACCAAAGACGCAUUUAUCGCAACCUUAAGGCGUUUCGUGUCCCGUCGAAGAAAACCAUCACAGAUAUACUCCGACAACGGAACAAGCUUUGUUGGAGGCAAUAACGAAUUGAUAGAGCUAGGAAAGUUUUUCGCGAAAGAAUGUAAGGAGCUAGGUGAAACGAUAGCGGACUUAGGAAUCUCAUGGCACUUCAUUCCUUCUUAUUCGCCUCAUUUCGGUGGUUUGUGGGAGGCAGGAGUAAAGGCAACUAAAUAUCACUUAGAGAUCGAAGCGUUAUUAAAUUCCCGACCAUUGACACCCUUAUCCUCAGAUCCGCACGACCUCUCUCCUCUCACUCCGGCUCAUUUCCUGAUUGGGCGUACUUUCAAUUCAGUAGCCGAUCCAGAUUUGAGCCACUUAAAGCAAUCAAGGCUAUCUAACUGGCAAAGAAUCCAACAAUUGCAACAAAAUUGGUGGAAACGCUGGAGCAAAGAAUAUAUCUCCGAACUGCAGCAGAAAACCAAAUGGAAGACGCCCUUUCCGGCUUUGGCAGUCAACACAUUGGUAUUGUUGAAGGAAGACCAUUUGCCACCUGCCAAAUGGAGACUUGGUCGCAUUAUGGAAGUCCACCCUGGAUCCGACGGCAUUCCCAAGGUUGCUUCCAUUAAGACAUCCACUGGAACCGUUCGUAGAGCCUUCAACAAACUCUGCCCUUUGCUACAGGAUGAAGCAGACGUUCACAUAUAG